AUGUUAUAUACGGGUUUUAGCGUCUUCGUAAAGCCUGUGGGCGAAGACGAAGACAAACGAGCAACAAACAAUACGGAAGACUCAGGUGUACUCUUCACCACAAGCAAUAGGGAAGACUCAGGUGUAUUCUUCACCACAAACAAUAGAGAAGACUCAGGUGUACUCUUCACCACAGACAAUAGGGACAAUUCAUGUGUACUCUUCACCACAGACAAUAGGGAAGGCUCAGGUGUACUCUUCACCACAAACAAUAGGGAAGACUCAGUUGUACUCUUCACCACAAACAAUAGGGAAGACUCAGAUGUACACUUCACCACAAACAAUAGGGAAGACUCAGAUGUACUCUUCACUACAAACAAUAGGGAAGACUCAGGUGUACUCUUCACCACAAACAAUAGGGAAGACUCAGGUGUACUCUUCACCACAAACAAUAGGGACGACUCAGGUGUACUCUUGGCCACAAACAAUAGGGACGACUCAGGUGUGCUCUUCACCACAGAAAAUAGGGACGACUCAGGUGUACUCUUCACCACAGACAAUAGGGACGACUCAGGUGUACUCUUCACCACAAACAAUAGGGACGACUCGGGUGUACACUUCAUCAUAAACAAUAGGGAAGACUCAGGUGUACUCUUGGCCACAAACAAUAGGGACGACUCGGGUGUACACUUCAUCAUAAACAAUAGGGACGACUCAGGUGUACUCUUCACCACAAACAAUAGGGACGACUCAGGUGUACUCUUCACCACAAACAAUAGGGAAGACUCGGGUGUACUCUUCACCACAAACAAUAGGGAAGACUCGGGUGUACUCUUCACCACAAACAAUAGGGAAGACUCAGGUGUACUCUUUACCACAAACAAUAGGGACGACUCGGGUGUACUCUUCACCACAAACAAUAGGGACGACUCAGGUGUACUCUUCACCACAAACAAUAGGGAAGACUCGGGUGUACUCUUCACCACAAACAAUAGGGAAGACUCAGGUGUACUCUUCACCACAAACAAUAGGGAUAAUUCAGGUGUACUCUUCACCACAAACAAUAGGGAAGACUCAGGUGUACUCUUUACCACAGACAAUAGGGAAGACUCAGGUGUACUCUUCACCACAAACAAUAGGGAAGACUCAGAUGUACUCUUCACUACAAACAAUAGGGAAGACUCAGGUGUACUCUUCACCACAAACAAUAGGGACAAUUCAUGUGUACUCUUCACCACAAACAAUAGGGACGACUCAGGUGUACUCUUGGCCACAAACAAUAGGGACGACUCAGGUGUGCUCUUCACCACAGACAAUAGGGACAAUUCAUGUGUACUCUUCACCACAAACAAUAGGGACGACUCAGGUGUACUCUUCACCACAAACAAUAGGGACGACUCAGGUGUACUCUUGGCCACAAACAAUAGGGAAGACUCAGGUGUAUUCUUCACCACAGACAAUAGGGACAAUUCAUGUGUACUCUUCACCAUAGAAGAUAGGGAAUAUUUUAGGAAAUUUCAGAUCAUACAAUAUAAUAAUACAAUGAUAUGA